UAAAUCCCAGCGACGUCCGAGAAACCACUGUGGCGAGCCCUCGCCUCUCCGAUCAGAGACAGAAACGAACGGAAGAUUUUGAUUUUCUAAUUCGAUGCCGAUGGCUUAGAAAACCCCUAUCCGAAGAAGAGAAGGCGGCUAUACUCGGAACCAUCUCUCCAUUGAGCAGGUUGUGUGCAAUAAAUCGAUAGGGUAUCUCGAAGAGAUCGGGAGCGCUGGGGGCGAAUCAGUCUCGUCAGGGCCCGUUUGCGGCAAACCCGGGCUUAUGGUUCUUCCCCUUCCUUCGUAAUCCUAAUGCUCGCCGAAUCGGAUACCUAGACCAGUUGUCGCCCAUGGAUUUCGUCAGCCGCCACGCCAACUCCGACGCCGACCAGACUCACCCCCCUCCAUCGACGAUGGAGUCGACGCCUCCUUCGGCCGCAACCUCUACUAAUCGUUCUGCUCCCGCUGUCGCCGGCCCUGUAGUCCCCGAGGAACCGGAGUACCUGUCUCGCUACAUGGUUGUCAAACACUCGUGGCGUGGUCGCUAUAAGCGUAUCCUAUGCAUCUCGAACUCUGCGAUCAUCACGCUGGACCCUUCGACGCUUUCAGUAACGAAUUCUUAUGACGUCUCCAAUGACUUCGAGGGGGCUGCGCCUGCGCUGGGCAGGGGAGACGAUGGCGACGGUGGCGCACAGGAGUUCACAGUGAGUGUGCGGACGGACGGGCGCGGAAAAUUCAAAGCAAUCAAGUUCUCUUCAAGGUACCGGGCGAGAAUCCUCACGGAGAUGCACUUGCUCAGGCCGGGCAAACUCGGGCAAAUAGCUGAAUUCCAUGUGCUUCAUCUGCAGCGGCGGACCUUGCAAUGGGUUCCAUAUAAACUAAAAGUUACAGCUGUGGGAGUUGAAUUAAUAGAAACACAGUCUGGAGUUAUACGCUGGUGCUUGGACUUUAGAGACAUGGAUUCACCUGCCAUUACACUUUUGACAGACAAAUAUGGAAAGAAAAGUAGUGAGCAAGAAGGGUUUUUACUUUGCCCCUUAUAUGGGAGAAAGAGUAAAGCCUUCACUGCGGCCUCUGGUAGCACCAGCUCCACAAUUAUUUCAUAUCUGACCAAAGCUGCAAGAUCGUCAGUUGGGUUGUUACUAUCUGUUGAAAGUUCUCAAUCACUGACUACAGCAGAUUUUAUUAAACAAAGGGCCAAGCAAGCAGUUGGAGGAGAUCAAACUCCCCAUGGGGAAUGGUCUGUUACAAGAUUGCGGUCUGGUGCACAUGGUACAGCUAAUGUCAUGGGCUUAAGUAUCGGUAUUGGACCCAAGGGAGGCCUUGGUCAGCAAGGGGAUUCUGUAUCUCGUCAACUUGUUCUUACAAGGGUUUCAAUGAUUGAAAGGCGCCCUAAUAAUUAUGAAGCUGUUAUUAUUCGACCACUGUCCACCGUUAGUUCUCUUGUUAGGUUCGCUGAAGAACCACAGAUGUUUGCUGUGGAAUUUAGUGAUGGUUGCCCUAUUCAUGUUUAUGCAAGCACAUCGCGAGAUAGCUUACUUGCAGCUAUACGAGAUGUGAUUCAGGCUGAGGGACAAUACCCCGUUCCCUUGUUGCCGAGGUUGACAAUGCCUGGUCACCGCAUAGAUCCUCCUUGUGGAAGGGUCUAUUUGCAGAUGCAACUUCAUGUUGCUGCACAGCGCCCUAUUGCUGAUAUGGAAAGUGCUUCUAUGCAUUUAAAGCAUCUAGCUGCUGCUGCCAAGGAUGCUGUAGCUGAAGGAGGUUCGGUUCCUGGGUCAAGAGCAAAGUUGUGGCGUCGAAUAAGGGAGUUCAAUGCAUGCAUUGCCUACAGUGGAGUGCCUCACAGCAUUGAGGUGCCUGAGGUAGUUCUUAUGGCUUUGAUCACAAUGCUUCCAGCAACUCCAAAUCUCCCUGCAGAUGCUCCUCCCCCUCCACCUCCAUCACCAAAAGCAGCUGCAACUGUGAUGGGCUUCAUUGCAUGCUUGCGCAGAUUACUUGCUUCAAGAAAUGCUGCAUCUCAUGUAAUGUCAUUUCCUGCUGCUGUUGGGAGGAUAAUGGGAUUACUCAGAAAUGGAUCCGAUGGGGUAGCAGCUGAGGCUGCAGGACUUAUUUCUAUGCUUAUUGGUGGUGGUCCUGGUGAUCCUAGUUUACUAAUGGACUCAAAAGGAGAACGGCAUGCAACUUUCAUGCAUGCUAAGUCUGUGUUAUUUGCACAUCAACAUUAUGUUAUUAUACUUGUCAAUAGGUUGAAACCAACCACCGUUUCACCAUUGCUUUCAAUGGAAAUUGUUGAAGUUCUUGAAGCCUUGCUUUGUGAACCUCAUGGUGAAACAACUCAACAUGCUAUUUUUGUGGAGCUGUUAAGGCAAGUUGCUGGGUUGAGGCGCCGCUUAUUCGCAUUGUUUGGGCAUCCUGCUGAAAGUGUAAGGGAGACAGUUGCUGUUAUUAUGCGGACAAUUGCUGAGGAAGAUGCAAUUGCUGCAGAGUCCAUGCGAGAUGCUGCUUUGAGGGAUGGCGCUCUCCUAAGACACUUGCUUAAUGCAUUUUUCCUUCCAACUGGUGAGAGACGUGACGUGAGCCGACAACUUGUAGCUUUAUGGGCAGACUCAUAUCAACCUGCUUUAGAUUUACUGUCAAGAGUCCUUCCUCCUGGGCUUGUUGCAUACUUACAUACACGUUUUGAUGAAACCUCUGAGGAUUUACAGAAUCAAUUUAAUGAUGAUGCUCCUUUGACCAGAAAGAGGCAGAGACGCAUACUACAACAAAGGAAAGGUCGUUUUAUGAGGUGUGUACCUAAUCAUGAAAAUGAUUUAUUUCCUUGUAAUGGUGAAAAUGGUGAUUUGGGAAAACAAACGGAGAUCAGCGCCUUUGAGGGGACAGAAAACCAUGAAAGAACUACCCAGGAGUCAAUUUCUGUUCAGUUUCCUACUUAUACCUCUGUUCCUGGUCGUAACAUGGCUAGUGAAUAUUCCUAUGUAGGAAGCCCGCAAAAUUGUAGCAUGGCAACUGCUUCUGCUGACAAGUUUCUGCAGAACACACAGUUAUUAAAUCCAAAUCCUACAGUUUUAACUGAUUCUGAAACCAAUCCAAUCGGCUCCUUGAAUUCUGACCUACCUGCUCCUGCUCAAGUUGUCGCUGAAAGCACUCCUGUUGGAUCUGGUAGGUUAUUGUGUAACUGGCUGCAGUUUUGGAGGGCAUUUGGCUUAGAUCACAACCGGGCAGAUUUAAUAUGGAAUGAACGUACCAGGCAGGAACUAAGAGAAGCUUUACAACUUGAAGUUCACAAAUUAGAUGUUGAGAAGGAGCGAACUGAUGACAUUGUGCCUGGAAGCACGCUAACAAAAAAUACCACAGAACAUGAAAAUUUACCUAAAUUAUCGUGGAAUUAUGCUGAGUUUUCAAUUAGCUAUCCCAGUUUGUCAAAAGAGGUCUGUGUGGGUCAAUAUUAUCUUAGGUUGUUACUUGAAAGCAGCAGCAGUUGUCAGGCACAAGAUUUUCCCUUACGUGACCCAGUUGCUUUCUUCAGAGCAUUGUAUCAUCGUUUUUUAUGUGAUGCAGACAUUGGGCUUACUGUGGAUGGUGCUAUUCCUGAUGAACUAGGUUCCUCAGACGAUUGGUGCGAUAUGGGUAGAUUAGAUGGUUUUGGCGGUGGAGGUGGUUCUUCAGUUCGAGAACUUUGUGCAAGGGCAAUGGCUAUUGUGUAUGAGCAACACUAUAAUGCCAUCGGAUCUUUUGAUGGCACUGCUCAUAUUACAGUUUUGUUGGACAGAACGGAUGAUCGAGUAUUGAGGCAUCGGCUACUUCUUCUUUUAAAGGUCUUAAUGAAAGUUCUUCCGAAUGUUGAAGCUUGCGUUUUAGUUGGAGGGUGCGUUUUAGCUGUCGAUCUUCUGACUGUAGCCCAUGAAGCAUCUGAAAGAACUUCCAUACCCCUGCAGUCUAAUUUGAUUGCAGCAACUGCAUUCAUGGAACCAUUAAAGGAAUGGAUGUACACGGACAAUGAUGGUGCAGAAAUUGGACCCCUUGAGAAAGAUGCAAUUAGAAGGCUUUGGUCAAAGAAAGCCAUUGAUUGGAGUACUAGAUUCUGGUCUUCUGGUAUGCUUGACUGGAAGAAACUGCGUGACAUUCGUGAACUACGUUGGGCACUAGCUCUGCGUGUUCAAGUUUUAACUCAUGUUCAGGUGGGGGAGAUUGCAUUAUCCAUAUUACAUAGCAUGGUUUCUGCGCAUUCUGAUCUUGAUGAUGCUGGAGAGAUUGUGACGCCAACACCAAGAGUCAAACGCAUUCUCUCAAGCCCUCGAUGCCUUCCGCAUGUUGCUCAGGCUUUGCUAACUGGAGAACCCAGCAUUGUCGAUGGUGUUGCUUCUCUGCUAAAGGCUAUUGUGACUAGAAACCCCAAAGCAAUGGUUCGACUAUACAGUACUGGGGCAUUUUACUUUGCUCUUGCAUAUCCUGGAUCUAAUCUUCUAUCUAUUGCACAACUCUUCUCCAUAACACAUGCCUAUCAAGCAUUCCAUGGUGGUGAAGAGGCAGCUGUCUCUUCAUCCUUGCCCUUGGCAAAGAGAAGUGUACUGGGUGGACUUCUUCCUGAGUCAUUACUGUAUGUUCUGGAGCGUAGCGGACCUGCCGCCUUUGCUGCAGCAAUGGUAUCCGAUUCUGAUACUCCUGAGAUCAUCUGGACACAUAAGAUGCGGGCAGAACAUCUUAUUCGUCAGGUUUUGCAGCAUCUUGGAGAUUUCCCGCAGAAAUUGUCACAGCACUGCCAUUCACUGUAUGACUAUGCACCCAUGCCUCCAGUAACAUAUCCAGAGCUGAAGGAUGAGAUGUGGUGUCAUCGUUAUUACCUCCGGAAUUUAUGCGAUGAGAUAAGGUUUCCAAAUUGGCCUAUUGUUGAACAUGUAGAGUUUUUGCAGUCAUUGUUGGCAAUGUGGCGUGAGGAAUUAACUCGACGGCCUAUGGAUCUUUCUGAGGAAGAAGCAUGCAAGAUACUGGAGAUAUCUCUGGAUGACAUUACUGUUGAUGAAGAUGACUGUAAUAAGCCAUCUACAGGGAUGCAGGAAGGCAGCACAAACAAGCGGGUUGAAAACAUUGACGAGGAAAAGCUUAAACGUCAGUAUAAAAAAUUGGCAAUAAAAUAUCACCCUGACAAAAAUCCUGACGGUAGAGAGAAAUUUGUUGCUGUGCAGAAGGCUUAUGAGCGGUUGCAGGCGACAAUGCAAGGACUUCAAGGACCGCAAGUUUGGAGAUUGCUGCUUUUGCUGAAAGGACAAUGCAUUUUGUAUAGACGUUAUGGGGAUGUCUUGGAACCUUUCAAAUAUGCAGGCUAUCCCAUGUUACUUAAUGCAAUAACUGUGGACGAAAGUGAUAACAAUUUCCUUUCAUCUGAAAGAGCCUCUCUUCUAGUUGCGGCUUCCGAGCUAAUUUGGCUAACGUGUGCAUCUUCUGCCUUGAAUGGUAAGGAACUUAUCAGGGAUGGUGGCAUAUCAUUGCUUGCGGCACUACUUUCUCGCUGUAUGGGUGUGGUACAGCCAACAACUCCUCCAAAUGAACCUGCAACAAUAAUUGUCACAAACGUAAUGUGUACUUUUUCAGCAUUAAGUCAAUUUGACAAUGCAAUAACAGAGAUGCUGAAGUUUGGGGGCUUGAUUGAGGAUAUUGUUCACUGCACUGAACUGGAACUUGUUCCGUUAGCUGUUGAUGCUGCCCUUCAGACUGCAGCGCAUGUUUCUGUGUCUGCUGAAAUGCAAGAUGCUUUGCUUAAAGCUGGCCUUUUAUGGUACCUAUUGCCUCUGUUACUGCAGUAUGAUUCUACAGCAGAGGAAAACGAUUCAGGUGAAGCACAUGGCGUUGGGGCUAGUGUGCAGAUAGCUAAAAAUCUCCAUGCUGUCCGUGCAGCACAGGCUCUUUCUAGGCUAUGUGGUUUUGUUGGUGAUGGAGUGUCUAUGCCAUGUAAUCAUUCAGCAGAUAAUGCACUCAGGGCAUUGCUAACUCCUAAACUUUGUAGCAUGCUUAAAGCUCAAGAGCCAAAGGAUCUUCUGUUAAGUCUGAAUUCUAAUCUGGAGUCUCCCGAGAUUAUUUGGAACUCUCUGACUCGGGCCGAGCUUCUUAAAUUUGUAGAUGAUCAGCGUGCCAAUCAAGGCCCCGAUGGUUCCUAUGAUCUGACUGAAUUACAUUCCUUUUCUUAUCAAGCACUUUCUAAAGAGCUACAUGUUGGUAAUGUGUAUCUGAGGGUGUAUAAUAAUCAACCAGAUUAUGAAAUAAGUGAAGCGGAGACCUUUUGUGUUGCUCUUCUUAAAUUUGUAUCAGAUCUGGUGCAUAACUUGAGUCAUUUAGGCUCUUAUAUUCCAAAGAAGACUGAUCCUAAUAAUGCACUUAAUGAGCCAUCAAAUGUUCAGCAUGGGCAAAACAAUGAGGAAGCUUCUAUUGAUGGCUUCCUCUCCUCCAGUAUAGAGGAUAAAAACAAGGAGGAAGAUGAACUAGUGAAAAACCUUAGAGUUGGAUUGAUUGCUCUUCAGAACCUGCUGACAAGCAACCCAAGUCUAGCUGCUGUUUUUUCAAUGAAGGAACGACUUGCACCUCUUUUUCAGUGCCUUACUGUUGAUUUUUCUGCUGGGAACAGCAUACCUCAAAUUUGUCUUGCUGUACUUUCACUGUUAACAACACAUGCUCCUUGCUUGGAGGCUAUGGUUGCCGAGAGGGAAAACCUUAUCCUUCUUUUGCAGUUGCUACACAGCAGUCCUGCAUGCAGGGAUGGAGCUCUUGCUGUACUUUAUUCUUUAGCGGGCACCCCACAGCUGGCUUGGGCUGUAGCUAAACAUGGCGGAGUGGUCUAUUUUCUGGAACUUAUCUUACCUUUACAAGAAGAAAUUCCUUUGCCACAGAGAGCGGCGGCGGCUUCAUUAUUGGGCAAACUUGUUGGUCAGCCAAUGCAUGGACCUAGGGUGGCUAUAACUUUAGCAAGGUUUCUACCAGAUGGUUUGGUUUCGGUUAUUAGGGAUGGACCUGGUGAGGCUGUGAUUGCCUCACUUGAACAGACAACAGAAACUCCUGAACUUGUUUGGACACCUGCUAUGGCUGCUUCUCUUUCAGCACAGUUAUCAACAAUGGCAGCUGAUCUAUACAGAGAACAGAUGAAAGGGAGCGUUGUUGACUGGGAUAUAACUGAGCAAGCAUCCGGUCCACAUGUAAUGAAAGAUGAGCCACAGGUUGGAGGCAUUUACGUUAGACUUUUCUUAAAGGAUCCCAAGUUUCCUUUGAGAAAUCCCAAACGAUUUUUGGAAGGACUGUUAGAUCAAUAUGUUUCAUCAAUUGCUGCUACACAUUAUGAAACACAAGCUGUUGAUCCUGAGCUUCCUUUGCUUCUAUCUGCUGCAUUGGUCUCCCUGCUACGGGUUCAUCCAACUCUAGCAGAUCACGUUGGUUAUCUUGGCUAUGUUCCAAAACUUGUUACUGCUAUGGCGUAUGAAGGAAGGCGAGAAGUGAUGACAUCUGGGGAAGGGAAAACUGGAAGUGAAGAUGGACAAUCAGAGCCAAGUGAACAGACCGCACAAGGACGUGUGCGUCUAAGUUGUUUGCGUGUACUGCAUCAAUUGGCAUCUAGCACAACAUGUGCAGAAGCUAUGGCAGCGACAAGUGCAGGAACUCCGCAGGUUGUACCUUUACUCAUGAAAGCAAUAGGGUGGCAAGGUGGCAGUAUACUUGCACUAGAGACUCUAAAACGUGUUGUUGUUGCAGGAAAUCGAGCAAGAGAUGCAUUAGUUGCCCAAGGGUUGAAGGUUGGCCUCGUCGAAGUGUUACUUGGAAUUCUUGAUUGGAGAGCUGGGGGAAGACAUGGUCUCUGCACUCAAAUGAAGUGGAGUGAGUCUGAAGCUUCAAUCGGCCGUGUUUUAGCAGUCGAGGUUCUACAUGCAUUUGCAACUGAUGGUGCUCACUGUAUCAAAGUUCGUGAAAUCUUGAAUGCUUCUGAUGUUUGGAGUGCCUAUAAAGAUCAAAGGCAUGAUUUGUUUCUUCCUUCCAACGCUCAGUCUGCCGCAGCAGGAGUUGCUGGUCUCAUUGAAAGUUCUUCCUUAAGACUCCCUCAUGCUAUCACAGCUCCACCACCAAAGCCUGUGCUUUCAAGACUCCCUUCUACUGCUUCAUCUGCCACUACUACCUACAAUGGGAAGCAGGACUCCUGACUAAUCCAAGAAAUACGACCAAUAAAUACUAGUCAACACAUCUGCUUGGUACAUAAUGUACAGUUUCUUGAUUUUUAAUCUUCAAGGGUGGGAGGGUUGAUUUAAUUUUAAUUGUAAAAGCCUACCUUCUGUAGGCCUUCUUUUUUUGUAUAAUGUGUUUAUAAAUAUAUGUGCAACGAAUAAGCAAGUUUGUUUUAGGGUGUUUAUCAAUCAUGAAGGCAAUUUGUUUGCGCUUUUAGCUUAAAA